AUGUCCCUCUACCUAUGCGUCGACUGCGGCGGGUCCAAGACCUCCGCCGUCAUCUGCAGCGCCUCCGGUGAAGUCCUCGGCCGCGCGCUCGGCGGUCCAUCCAACUUCGCCUACCUUGGCCCCGCCGCCUUCAAAGAAGCCGUCACCACCGCCGUCAGCGACGCGCUCAAAACCUGCAUCUCCCCUCCCUCCAUCUCCCCCGUCCCGCUCCCGCCCUCCUCUCCCUCCCUCCGCUUCGCCUCCGCCUGGCUCGGUGUCUCCGGCGUCGACUCUCCCGCCGACGUCGCCGCGGUCACCGCCCUCGUCACGCCCCUCCUCGGCCCCGACGUGAACCUCACCGUCGCGAACGACACCCACCUCCUCGUCGCGCCCCUCGCCCUCCACCCGGACAUCUCCACCGCCGUCGCCUGCAUCGGCGGCACCGGCGCCAUCGCUGUCUCCUUCCGCGCCGGCUCGCACGGCGCGCUCACCGAGCUCGGCCGCUUCGGCGGCUGGGGCUGGAUGCUCGGCGACGAAGGCGGCGGGUUCCACGUCGGGCGCGAAGCCGUGCGCGCGCUCAUGCGCGAGACGGACGAGGCCUCCGUCUUCCCCGCCUCCCCUUCCCCACUCGAGGGAUCGUCGAUGCAGCGCCGGAUCCUCGACUUCUUCGCGGUCGACAACCCGUUCGGGCUCCUCACCGCCGUGCACUACAACGACCCCGACCCGAACGGGAAGACCGAGCCCCUCGGCGGUCAGGUCCCCGCGUACCGGCUCAUGGCGCGCGAGAAGCGGCUGUCCUCCCUCGCGCCGCUCGUGUUCGCCGCCGCGUUCGACGACGGCGACCCGCUCGCGCUGCGCGUGCUCCGAUCCUGCGCGGACGCGCUCGCGGAUCAAGUCGCGGUGCUGCUCGAGCCGGAUGCGACUGUGCCCAUCAGGGCGAAGGAUAGCAUACUGUGUUUCGGCGGGAGCUUGGUCGGCCAGGAGACUUACCGGAGCCUGGUAUUGGAGGCGCUGGCGAAGAAGGGGCAUGUGUUCAAGUAUGUUGAGUUUGUCGACGACGUGGCGAAGGUGGGGGCGAUAGGUUUGGCGAAGGCGGCGACUUCGUGA